GUCCGGCAAAGGAGUUUCUCCCAAACCUCACCUUGACCGCAAUUUAUAUAGUCAAUAUAUGGAAGCUCGUAAUGCAAUCAUAAAUUCAAUGCCUCAAAGCUUCCAUCAAUAUAUCGACGCAUUUAUAGAUUCUAACGACUUGAAAGAGGCAAAGAAAAAGAUUAGACCCCUUUCCUUAUUAUUAUCAAAAGAUGAAGAAGAUCAUGAUGACACUACUAAUUUGGAAUUCUUGGAACAUAUCUUGAAGGAAGCUAAUUUAACUCGUGCUUUUAUAGUCAUAAAUCAUAUUCCAGCCAUAUUGAUUACAAUUCUACCCUACCUUAAUGUCAUUGCUAAAAGUAUCACCAUUGAUGUCUGUAAUCCGGAUUUCAUACAAGGCCAGCCAUAUUUAGAAAGCAUGAGUCGACAACUUAAGGUCGUUAGCCUUUAUGUAGAUGAUAAAAACCAGUAUAAAUCUGACGGAUUGGUAAAACUUUUUUGGUUUAAACAAGUUAGAACUCCUACUAUUAGAGACGUCUGGAAGCUUCUCAAAUAA